CGAUUUACAAAUCUGUCUUAAGUUAUCUUAAAAAUAGCAUGAAAUAAUCAAACAGAUCCUUAGUAAAUGGUUAAUAGUUACUAGUUAAUAUAUUAUUAAUCACUAAAUGCUAUUUAAGACAGAUUUGUAAAUCGUUAGCAUAUUACUUAAUAAUCAUUUGUGAACAUAUAGUCAUGUUUUGUGAAUUAUUAGUUCAUCUAAUCACUUGCAAAUGAAUUAACAAAACAUGCAUAAAUUGUUAGCAUAUAUCACUUAUUAAUCGCUUAUGAAUGUUUUGUAAAUGAUUAGUUCAUCAAUAACUAAUCACUUAUAAAUGACUUACAACUGAAUGUUAUUAUAAGGAUCAUUUUAUGGCCCACUGAAACAACUUACCACAUGCAAUCUGAAAACAGGCCCAUAUGCGUGGACAAAUGUUAAAACAACAAAACUUUAAAAAGCAACUUUUACAUAAUAAUACAAUGAUGAAGUCUCGCCUCUCUCUCUCUCUCUCUCUCUCUCUCUCUCUCAAUUCAAUUCAGCUUUAUUGGCAUGACUGUGUAGCAUCACAAUGUUGCCAAAGCAAUACAUAUAUUAUACAGAUAAAUAAAAUCACGAGGAAACACAUGUCUAUAUUAUACAUGUAGGUAAAAAAAAAUAAAUAAUAAAAAUAAAUAAAUAAUUAAAAAAUAAAUGAUUAAAUGAAUACAGAGAGCAGUUAUAAAUGGAAAGGAGGGAUCAGCCUUUGUCCCUCAUUUGAUGGCAGGAGGACACAUACUGCGCUGCCAGGUGGAUACACUUUUCCUUUUCUCCCAGAAUAUAACAGAGUUUGUCUAAGUUGCUUUUAUGGUUAAAUUCAGGUGAAACUAGAGCUAUUUGUUUGAAAUGGGCAUCUCUGAUGUGUUUAUAUUUGCUGCACUCCGUGAGGAAGUGCAGCUCGUCCUCUACGAGUCCCUCAGUGCAGUGAGAACACAGUCGCAGCUCUCUGGCUCUCCAGCUCUGCUUGUGUCGGCCCGUCUCCACACACACUCAGACGAUACUUCGUCAGCAGCUUUCUCUGACCAUAGUCUUUAAUACUGCUCCGAGCCAGUGAUAUUAAGUCCAAUUAUCAAAUGAGAUCAAAAAUCAUGGCACAUGUGGAUUUCAUAUCACUCCAUAUGCAGUACAACUGCAAAUUGGAGACACCUCUUACAGAGAUUGGCAGUGGUCAAAAGCUCAUCCUAAUGUAUCAGCUGACAGUCGAAGACUGUGAUGAAUAUGAAAAUCAUUUCCAGCCACUUCACACAAUUCUCAGAGUUUUACAGAAGAAAGAUCUUCACAUCAUGGGCUGUGACAUCACCAACCUUUUUAAUUUGCAGAUGGAAAAUAUAAAGACAGUCUCGCACCAGAAAUCAGCUUCUGCAUUCUCAUACCAAAAGGUCUGGGAGAAAUUCAGAAGUCAAACUGAAGCUGAGCGUGACCAGUAUUUUGACUGGUCUGUCUCCAGUGAAAGUUUCAAAGUGGAGGGUGGAUGGGCUGAACACGGGAAGGGCUUGACCAUAUGGGACCGAUUUAGCCAUGAGGGUCAUGUCAUUGGAAACCAAACCACUGAUUUGGCCUGUGAUAGUUAUCACAAGGUGGACUAUGAUGUGUAUCUGCUUAGAGGCAUGAUGGUACCUAAUUAUCAGUUCUCAAUUUCCUGGGCUCGCAUUUUCCCCACCGGACGCAAAGAAAGUUUGCUUGAAAAGGGUGUUGCUUAUUAUGACAAGAUGAUUGAUACACUCCUACAAUCCGGCAUCGAGCCCACUGUUACCCUGCAUCACUGGGACCUUCCCCAAGCUCUGCAGGAUUCAGGCGGCUGGGAAAAUGACGCUAUUGUGGAAGCUUUCAAAGAAUUUUCUGAUUUCUGCUUCUCACAUUAUGGAGACAGAGUCAAAACAUGGAUCACCUUCGGCAGCCCGUGGGUAGUGAGCAACUUGGGGUAUGGAACAGGGGAACAUCCCCCAAGAGUGAAAGACCCAAUAGUAGCACCUUACAAGGUGACGCACAAUAUUCUAAAAUCUCAUGCUGAAGCCUGGCAUAUUUAUAAUGAUAAUUACAGAAAACGACAGAGUGGAAAAGUGGGCAUUGCUCUUAACUCGGACUGGGCAGAGCCGAGGAAUCCCUCAAGUGAUCAGGAUGUAGCAGCAGCUGAGCGUUAUCUAAACUUCAUGCUGGGCUGGUUUGCUCAUCCCAUAUUUGUAGAUGGAGACUAUCCAACCGUGUUAAAGGAACAAACUGAGAAAAAGAAAGGUGCAUGUGGUAAAGAGCUGGCAAGACUCCCUGUUUUUACUGAGGCUGAGAAACAAAGAAUUCAAGGCACAGCUGAUUUCUUUGGACUUAACCAUUACACCUUCCGACUGAUUAGUGAGAGCUUGAAUAGUUGUGAUGCCGGACCGAAUAAUGUCGGGGACUUCCAGACUCAUAUUGACCCCACAUGGCCCCCCACGGCUUCUAACCAGAUCCAAUGUGUUCCAUGGGGUCUUAGAAGAUUAUUGAACUACAUCUCUUCAGAGUACAUGUCCAUCACAAAGGUGCCCAUCUAUAUCACAGGAAAUGGUAUGCCAACUGAAUACGAAGGUGAUGUAUUCAGUGACACUGAGCGUGUCGACUAUCUCAAAGCCUACAUUAAUGAGGCAAUGAAAGCUGUGAAUUUGGAUGGAAUUGACGUCCAGAGGUUUACAGUCCAGUCUCUAAUGGAUGGAUUUGAGGGUCCACAAGGCUACAGUCAACGAUUUGGAUUGCAUGUUUACUUUGAAGGUUCUGACAGACCGAGAACCCCCAAAGCAUCAGCACAUUACUACUCAAAUGUGAUUGAGAGAAAUGGAUUUGCUGAGACUGCGGCAAAGGCUAAGAUGGAAAUAUAUGGAAGGAAAAUUGAGAUCACAAGACUCCCUAGUCUGCCACCAUCUGAAAUACCUUCAAAAUCCAAGGUUGUUUGGGAAAAGUUUUCCCCUCAGACCAAGUUUGAGAGACCGCUUUAUCACUAUGGUACAUUUUCAGAGGGAUUCCAUUGGGGUGUCUCGUCUUCAGCAUAUCAGAUAGAAGGUGGCUGGAAUGCAGAUGGAAAAGGGCCAAGUGUUUGGGAUACUUUCACUCAAAAACCUGGAAAUAUCCCAAACAAUGACAAUGGUGAUGUUGCAUGUGACAGUUAUAAUAAAAUAGAUGCAGAUCUAUACAUGUUAAGAGCCCUAAAAGUGAAAACAUACAGAUUCUCCUUGUCAUGGUCUCGAAUUUUUCCCAACGGCUAUAAAUCUUCUCUUAACCAGAAGGGGGUGGACUAUUACAACAAGCUCAUAGAUGGUCUCAUAGCAAACAAUAUCGCACCCAUGGUGACUCUCUACCAUUGGGACCUGCCACAGGCUUUGCAGGACAUCAAUGGUUGGGUAAACCCUGAAAUGAUUAACAUGUUCAAUGAAUAUUGUGACUUUUGCUAUGCAACAUUUGGAGACAGGGUAAAGUUUUGGAUCACAUUUAAUGAGCCUCAGGCAAUUGCAUGGUCGGGAUAUGGACUGGGUCAGAUUCCACCUAAUGUGAAUCAACCCGGAGAUGCUCCAUACAGGGUUGCACACAACCUCCUGAAAGCUCAUGCACAAGCAUAUCACACUUAUGAUGAGAAAUACAGGGCAUCUCAAGGAGGUCUGGUAUCCAUUAGUCUGAACGCUGAAUGGGCAGAGCCCCUAGACAUCAAUGUUCCUCGAGAGGUGGUGGCUGCUGAUCGAGCUCUUCAGUUCCAGCUAGGCUGGUUUGCACACCCCAUCUUUAAAAAUGGCGACUAUCCUGAUGCCAUGAAGUGGCAGGUUGGGAACAAGAGUGAACUUCAAGGCUUGACAGAAUCCAGGUUGCCAUCUUUUACUGAUGAAGACAAAGCCUUUAUCCAAGGAUCAGCUGAUGUAUUCUGCAUUAAUACAUAUACUACCAAAGUUGUGCGUCAUGUGACCAGCAGACUUGAUAUUGAGUCUUAUGAAACUGAUCAGGAUGUUGAAAAGGACAAUGCAGAUGGCUCUAUAAAUACAGCUGUUAAUGAGCAGAAGGCUGUUUCUUGGGGACUCGGGAGACUUCUUAACUGGUUAAAGGAAGAGUAUGGAGACCCUGAGAUUUAUAUUACGGAAAAUGGUGUGGCAACAGGCAUUGACAUAACAGUUGAUGACACUGAUCGAAUAUUCUUCUUGAAGACCUAUAUUGAUGAGGCCCUUAAGGCGCACAAUCUGGAUGGAGUACGUGUCAAGGGUUACAUUCUUUCCUCUCUAAUGGACUCCUUCGAGUGGCUGAAAGGCUACACUGUUGGCUAUGGACUUCACUAUGUGAACUUUAAAGUUUCAAGUCGGCCAAGAACUCCAAAGCGCUCCGCUCACCUCUACUUUGAUAUAAUCAAAAAUAAUGGAUUUCCACUGACAGAGGAUGAAGAAAAGUUGUAUGGACAUUUCCCAGAGGGAUUUAUGUGGAGCACAGCAAGCGCUUCAUAUCAGAUAGAGGGCGCCUGGAGGGCCGAUGGAAAAGGUCUCAGCAUUUGGGACAAAUUUGCUCAUACUCCGGAAAAGAUAUUGCAGGAUGACAACGGUGACAUUGCCUGUAACAGCUACAACAAGAUCGCUGAGGAUAUCAACAGUCUCAAAACACUCAGGGUCAGAAACUACCGGUUUUCUAUUUCAUGGCUCAGAAUUAUGCCAGAUGGAACAAACGGGAAAAUUAAUGAAGCUGGACUGAACUACUAUCAUAGGCUAUUGGAUGCUCUUUUGGAAGCCAAUAUCAUGCCACAGGUGACUUUGUAUCACUGGGAUCUCCCACAAGCACUUCAGGAUGUUGGUGGCUGGGAGAAUCAGACCAUUGUCGAGAGGUUCAGAGACUACGCUGAUGUUGUAUUUAACAGUCUGGGAGACAAAGUGAAGUUCUGGAUCACUAUAAAUGAACCCUUCAUCGUUGCACUUCAUGGAUAUGGCCAUGGAAUUUUUGCACCAGGCAUAAAUGCUAAUCCCGGCACUGCACCAUAUAUUGCGGGACACAACCUUCUCAAGGCUCAUGCUGAGGCCUGGCAUGUGUAUAAUGACAAGUAUCGUGCAAAACAAGGUGGCAUUAUUGGCAUCACGAUAAACUCUGACUGGGCUGAACCAAGAAACCCAUACAAACAGGAAGACGUGGAUGCUGCCCUGCGUGUAGUUCAGUUUAUGUUGGGUUGGUUUGCUCAUCCCGUGUUCAAUGGAGAUUACAGCGAUUUAAUGAAGAACACUAUUCGAGAGAGAAGUUUAGCGGCUGGCCGACCACAAUCAAGGCUUCCAGAAUUUACCCCGGCAGAAGUAGCGAGGAUUAAGGGAACUCAUGAUUAUUUUGGAUUCAACCACUACACCACUGUCUUAGCCUUUUACGUUGACUUUCAGAACCAAGAACAUUAUGAUGCAGACAGGGGUGCAGCAGUUAUUAGUGAUCGUACAUGGCUGGAAUCUGGAUCUGACUGGUUGAAAGUUAAUCCACUGGGAUUCAGAAAACUUCUGAAAUUCAUCAAGGAUGAAUACGGAAACUCUCCUGUUUUCGUUACAGAGAAUGGUGUAUCAGAACGAGGGCCAGUAAAUCUGAAUGACGUCCUCCGAAUCCACUACUAUGAUAACUAUAUCAAUCAGGCCCUGAAAGCGUAUUUGCUGGAUAGUGUGGACAUGCGCGGCUAUGCUGCCUGGUCACUAAUGGACAAUCUGGAAUGGGAUGGUUAUGAUGAAAGAUUUGGCCUUUUCUAUGUAAAUCGAUCAGAUCCUUCUUUACCACGUAUUCCUAAGAAAUCUGUCUGGCACUAUGCUACAAUAAUCAACUGCAAUGGCUUCAGAAGCCCAGGAGAAAGUCCACAUGAAUGUCAGAUCCAUGAACCUGAAGGUACUACUCCUCCAUCUCCUCCUGGUGAGGAACUGUUGGUUAGUUUCUUGGGUUUGGAAGUGUCAAGUUCUGAUGCUGCACUGGGUCUCAAUGUCCUCUUCAGUCUCACCAUUAUUGCAGCAGUCGCUGUUGUCGGGAUGGCGUUUGCACUUGUCAAGGCAUCCAAGAAACAAAAACAUCCUGUGGAGGAACACAUUGCCCUUGAGAACAAAUACAAGUUCUAAACAUAACAGCUGUGUUACCAGUUAUCCUAACAUAAUCGGCCUAAUAUAAUAUAAUCUUAAUAUAAUUUUCCAUAUUAUGACUUUUGUAAAUGGUUGUAAAUAUGUAUCUUUGAAAAUAUCAGCAAUUGCUGAAAAUCUGCCUUUAACAGUAAAAUAUCAGUAAACUUUCUCUAAUUUACUAGCAAUGUAAUGAAAAAUCGGUGUAUUUCCAGUGUAUCAUCAGAAAGUAUAUGUACAAAGUGGCGCUAAACACUGAAAUGUUAUGUUAGCUUUCUUAUAUUAUAACAUUAUUUUAAUUUAUCAAGUGCAACUUUUGUCACAUGUAUAUGAAAUUCAUUUCAAUAUGUCAGUCUUUUUAAAUGCAUAGAGUGGAUUGUUCGGUUUUGUGUGCUUUAAUGCUUUGCAUAUGAAUUAUCUCUGUACAUGCUGAUUUUAAACAAUAAAUCAAAGAAAUAAAGUAA